AUGUCCCAACGUCCGGAAUUUGGACCGCCACAGUUCUUGCGCAUGGUUGCCGUGGGACUGCAGGCCCUGACGGUGGCGUGCCUCGCCUCAUGGCUUGUGCUAUUCCACGGUCGCCGAGCGCCCCCCGAAGGCGCCCAGUCUCAUGAACGCGCGAAGAACGAAGCAUUGACAACGGAAGGGGACGACGAGACGGCCAACCAGCUUGUCUGGAUCGGGAACGAGACCAACACCGCCGAUGAACCUGUACCCUUCAACAGGGAUCCAUUCAGCCUCCUACACUUCCGCGUCCGCCUCCCUGCCGGUCACAACAGCGAGCCGAGCUCUGGGCCACACGCUCAGCCGGUCGAGCUCGUUUUCCACUCUUCUUGGUCGCUCACCCCAGACGCCAUCUCGCUUCACAUCAGCAGCGAUGGUGUUUCUGCGUUCCAUGGUAGCUAUCUACGCCAGUAUCCUUUGUAUGACCGAGACCACUCCGGAAACGUCGCAGUCCGCGACGCAGGCACGAUUCAGGUGUGUUCUCCAUAUAUCGCCAAAGAGAAUGUGACGAAACGGCGUAUGGAGACCUUGCGUCUGGUCAUCAUCGCUACCGUGUUGUCGUUUGUAAGCAUCACUCUGGGAGUCGCCGACACGUUUACUCGCAGAGACAACGACAGCGUCAGCCAGUUCACUUGGCCGCAAGCCACAGAGAGUCAGCCGCUUGAGCUUUGGGACCGGGCGUGGGAUAUUCUGGAGGUUUGGGCCGAGGUGACGGAGCCCCUGAUGCCGGACGAAGCACCUAACGACCGCAACAACGUAUACGCCGCCUUCCACAGCCUGCCGAGCCCGCACCAAACCAUCUCAGAGUUUUGUGAUCAGCUCUCCUUUAUUUUAUCGAGCACGUCGGGGGCAAAUGCGAGAGCGCCGGUCGGUAGCACGAACACACGGGAAACUAUUGCUGAAGCAUGCGAUACCGCUGACAAGAACCUGGAUCAAUUUGAUUCCGACUGGGCAGAUCUCCUGUCUUACUUCUCGCGUGGGUGGCUUAAGCGACCAAUCCAAGAGCUCUACUCGGCGGGAUACAAUACCAGCCGCUUCCAGCACAUGAAGGAGGAAACCACCACUGAUGGAAGGGAUGAAAGCUCAGGGUAUGGUUUCUUGAAAUUGGAGGGGGCGGGUGUCACCGGUCCGGGCAAUUUCAGCCAUACCUUCAACAACCAAACAGCCCUACGACUCUUGGCGAUUGCCAACCCGUCUUUCCCCAGAUUACGACCUUCGGCUGCCAACAUGACUCGUCGCCUACGCAGCGUACAAGCACGAGCCAGGACCGCAGCCGAAUCUAUCGCGGUGGUAUCCGAGCUUCUGCCCCAGGAGCUGCGCGCGCAAGCGGGACACGACCGGGAAGCGACCCCAGACGCAUCCUUUGCAAAACAAUGGGCGGGUUUCGACCUUUACAGCUGGUGGAGCGGCGACGAGACGGCUAGCGGUUACGGCUCCGCCGCGACGGCGCGCGCGGCCAGGGAGGUGGCCCGGCUCCACGGUGUCGUGAAGGCAUUCCAUGCUGACGUGACGGAGAGCGUACGGCGUGCCAGCGCUAUCGAAUCUUCCCUGGACAUGUUGGAGCAGAAGGUCACCGCGCUGGUGCAGGCGAAGGAGCCGAAACAAGGCCGGGGCUUGGAUGGGGCAUGGACGGCCCUGGGAUGGAGGGCAGACUGCGGAUGCGAGAGCGAGACGCAGACUUCUUCUCCCAUCAGAGCGGCUGCCACCCCGGUUAUCGUGGCAUACUUCGUGCCGUCCGCCGAGACGCUCUUCCAGGGUAUGAAAAGGACGUACCGCCUGCUUAUCGACAAGCAAGCGUCGGCCAUUCGGCGGCGGGAAGGCGCAUUUGGGGAAAGGGAGAGGACGUCGCAGAAGAGGUGGCACGACUAUUCCCUCGAGCACGGAGGAGGAGGGGCUGCGGACGAGGAGGGCUGCCUCGAUAUGUCUGUAGAUGAGAAUGGGAAGAGGAAGUGCUUGAGGCUGGACGAGGUCGGAGCGAGAGUUGGUAGUAGACUCCGGGCCGAAUUUGGAGCAGAAAGGCUCGUUGGUAUGGACUUUGAUCGCGGCGGUGUGGAAGAGCCAUUGCCCGGCCACGCCGCCGAGGAAACGAGAUCAAUGGAUGUAGCCGACCACCGGAAAUACUCCCACGUUCCUUGCUGGCAGCGACACGGGUCCAUCAAAGAGCACGGCUCAUCGAAAAUGGAACCCACUGCCGAAGACGUCGCCUCUCUCCUGGGUCGUGUGGUGCGAGACGAUGACGGUAACUCCGUGGGCAUCGGGGGUGACUACGACGAUGAGGGUGACACGGAGGUCGAAGAGACGGACUGGACGAAUAGCUGGUGA